GGAGAUUUGAAGUCGCCAUUUUCGCUUCCGCAUCCGAGAGACACGACUCGCCCAGAACUUUGCUCGAUUUAUUCAUCGCUUUCUCGUCUCAUCGAUAAAAAGUCAUCAUGCAGAAAAGGGUCAUUUUUUUUCCUGGAAGGGUAAAGGUUGCGUUUCGUAAGGGACCGCUGGGAUAUCUUCUGCAGGAUCCAACUGACCAGGCGAGAACAAUAAAAAACAACCUAUCUUUGCAGGACAAGUCGGCACCAAUUAAGCUGGAGCUUGUGAGACAAAAUGCUCUGAAUGUGGUCCGUCAAAGAGGAGGUGAUGCCUCAGACCAAAAAGAAGUUUUUGGUGAGUACAUCCUGCAGUUUGGGAAAUACAAGGGGAAGUCCUUCCGGUGGCUCCUUGAAAAUGAUUUGGGGAACACCAUCUCUCUGAUGAAGAACCUUCAGCAAGAAGAGGCUGCAGGAGUCACAAUGACCGAGGGGCACAGCAAGAGCAGCCUGGUCUCUUUUAUGCAGUACGCCCACAGCUUUGAGGAGAUUCUGUCUCUUUUACAUUACACGUCCAAAACUCCAGCUGCAACAGCGGCAUCACCAGGCGACGAUCAGCUGGUUGGUUUCGGAGCUCGUGCCAAGAGUACAUGGAAGGAGAUUUGGGACGGCAGAGCUGAUGGUUACGCGUCCUUUGUAAUGGGGGCUAAGUGUGUCCGAGGGACACGGAUGCAUAAACUGCAACAAUACCUGCUGAAGCAGCAGCAGUCUGCCCGUCCGUAUGUUCCUGCCACAUCUGAGCCCACAGAGAUGGAUGAAGACGCUGAGCUGGAGACUGCAAUGCUGAACAUCACCCCCUCUAAGCUACUGGUGCAGUCGCCAGCAUCAUCUGCGUGCUCAGCUGCUGAAGUGAAACACUCGACAGAAACAACGACAGGUUUUUAUUCACUUUAGUGUCAGCACUUUCGUGUUGAUGAAUUAUGAAAUUAA